GGAAGGAGACCAGAGCAGGAAGAGCAGCGGCGAGGCGGCGGCGGCUGAGACGGUGGUGGCAGAGGCGAAAGCGACAGCACCAGGGGGUGGCAGCAGCCCCGAGAGCAGGAUGCGGGUCCGGGUGGGGCUGACACUGCUGCUCUGUUCGGUGCUGCUGGGCUCGGCCUCGACGUCCUCGGAUGAGGAAGGCAGCCAGGAUGAAUCUUUAGAUUCCAAGACUUCCUUGCCAUCAGAUGAGUCAGUAAAGGACCACAGCACAGCAGGAAGAGUAGUCGCUGGUCAGAUAUUUCUUGAUUCAGAAGAAUCAGAAUUGGAAUCACCUAUUCAAGAAGAGGAAGACAGCCUCAGGAGCCAAGAAGAGGAAAGUGCCACAGAAGAAAUCAGCUUUCUAGAGUCUUCAAAUCCAGAAAACAAGGAUUAUGAAGAACCAACGAAAGUCCGCAAACCAGCACUGACCGCCAUUGAAGGCACAGCACAUGGGGAGCCCUGCCACUUCCCUUUUCUUUUCCUGGAUAAGGAAUAUGAUGAAUGUACAUCAGAUGGGAGGGAAGAUGGCCGGCUGUGGUGUGCUACAACCUAUGACUACAAGGCAGAUGAAAAGUGGGGCUUUUGUGAAACUGAAGAAGAGGCUGCUAAACGACGGCAAAUGCAGGAAGCGGAAAUGAUGUACCAGACUGGGAUGAAAAUCCUCAAUGGAAGCAAUAAGAAAAGCCAAAAAAGAGAAGCCUAUCGGUAUCUUCAAAAGGCAGCAAGUAUGAACCAUACGAAGGCCCUGGAGAGAGUGUCAUAUGCUCUUUUGUUUGGUGAUUACCUGACACAGAACAUCCAGGCAGCUAAAGAGAUGUUUGAAAAAUUGACGGAGGAAGGCUCUCCCAAGGGGCAAACUGCUCUUGGCUUUCUCUAUGCCUCUGGACUUGGUGUUAAUUCAAGUCAGGCGAAGGCCCUUGUCUAUUAUACUUUUGGAGCUCUUGGAGGCAACCUAAUAGCCCACAUGGUUUUGGGUUACCGAUACUGGGCUGGCAUCGGCGUCCUCCAGAGCUGUGAAUCUGCACUGACUCAUUAUCGCCUCGUUGCCAAUCAUGUUGCAAGUGAUAUCUCACUGACGGGGGGCUCAGUAGUACAGAGAAUACGGCUGCCUGACGAGGUGGAAAAUCCCGGAAUGAACAGUGGAAUGCUAGAAGAAGAUUUGAUUCAGUAUUACCAGUUCCUAGCUGAAAAGGGUGAUGUACAAGCACAGGUUGGUCUGGGACAGCUACAUCUGCAUGGAGGGCGUGGAGUAGAACAAAAUCAUCAGAGAGCAUUCGACUACUUCAAUUUAGCAGCUAAUGCUGGCAAUUCACAUGCAAUGGCCUUCUUGGGAAAGAUGUAUUCAGAGGGAAGUGAUAUUGUACCCCAGAGUAAUGAGACAGCUCUUCACUACUUUAAGAAAGCUGCUGACAUGGGCAACCCAGUUGGACAGAGUGGGCUUGGAAUGGCUUACCUCUAUGGGAGAGGAGUUCAAGUUAAUUAUGAUCUGGCACUGAAGUAUUUCCAGAAAGCUGCUGAACAAGGCUGGGUGGAUGGGCAGCUGCAGCUUGGCUCUAUGUACUAUAAUGGCAUUGGAGUCAAGAGGGAUUAUAAACAGGCCUUGAAGUAUUUUAAUUUAGCUUCUCAGGGAGGCCAUAUCUUGGCUUUCUAUAACCUAGCACAAAUGCAUGCCAGUGGCACAGGUGUGAUGCGGUCGUGUCACAAUGCAGUGGAGUUGUUUAAGAAUGUAUGUGAACGGGGCCGUUGGUCCGAGAGGCUUAUGACCGCCUAUAACAGCUACAAAGAUGGUGACUACAAUGCCGCAGUGAUCCAGUACCUGCUGCUGGCCGAACAAGGCUACGAAGUGGCACAAAGCAAUGCAGCCUUCAUUCUCGAUCAGAGAGAAGCAACCAUUGUGGGUGAGAAUGAGACUUAUCCCAGAGCUUUGCUGCACUGGAACAGGGCUGCCUCUCAAGGGUAUACUGUGGCUAGAAUUAAGCUUGGCGACUACCAUUUCUAUGGAUUUGGCACCGACGUGGAUUAUGAGACGGCAUUUAUUCACUACCGGCUGGCAUCUGAGCAGCAGCACAGUGCGCAAGCUAUGUUUAACCUGGGAUACAUGCAUGAGAAAGGAUUAGGCAUUAAACAGGAUAUUCACCUUGCCAAACGUUUUUAUGACAUGGCGGCUGAAGCCAGCCCCGAUGCACAAGUACCAGUCUUCCUCGCACUCUGCAAAUUGGGCGUUGUCUACUUCUGGCAGUACAUACGGGAAACAAACAUUCGAGAUAUGUUCACUCAACUUGAUAUGGACCAGCUUUUGGGACCUGAGUGGGACCUUUACCUCAUGACUAUCAUCGCGUUGCUGUUGGGAACAGUUAUAGCGUACAGGCAGAGGCAGCACCAAGACAUGCCUGUUCCCAGGCCUCCAGGGCCCCGGCCAGCACCCCCGCAGCAGGACGGGCCACCAGACCAGCAGCCACCACAGUAACAGCCACCGCGUCCAGCCUUGAUCAGUGACAACCAAGGAAAUUGUUUGCUGAGAACACCUGCCUUUGAUUUGGGACUUUGGAUCGGUGGCCACCUCCUGGAAGAGGCACGAGGAAGCAUUGAAUUCCUAAAGCUGCUUAGAAUAUGAUGCCUUUCUUUUCAGGGAUAAGUAACUCUUACCUGAACUCAGUUUGAAUGUUUGUUUCCGUGCCGUUUGGAAUAACAAUUCUCAGUGGCUUUCCUUUGUUUUUUUCUUCCUGGAAACAUGUGUGAGACACUCAAAGUAAUGUCUGCUGUAUCCAGCUAUCUUUCUUGGGUCCUUUUGGUCAUUCUCUCCAUGUGCAUAAGUUCUUCUCUCAACCAUCUUUAAGGUCUGGUGCAUUGACACUAAAAACUGAUCUGUGUAAAAAGGAAAACCCAGUCAGUUGCAAGUUUAACCUUAAUUUGUCUAAAAAUUUGAAAAUAGAACUUACCUUUUAAGUUAAAAAAAAAA